AUGUCCGAUACAGAGGCGAAUACCCGCACUGCAACCCCCGUUGGCUUCCCAAAGGUCGACACGCUAGAGACUAAUCUCACUCGCGUCAAUUCGAAAGCAAACUCAAAGUCGGAUGGCGCCCACAUCGAGGAAAAGGUGGCCCAGGACGAAACCCAAUAUCUCACUGGAAGAAAGCUCGCACUCGCCCAUACUGGAUUCCUAUUAGCCGUCUUUUGUUUCGCUUUGGACCAGACAAUCGUGGCCACUGCCCUCCCAAAGCUCGCCUCGCAGUUUAAUGCCCUCGACCAACUCACAUGGGUCGUCUCUGCAUAUUUCCUCACUCAAGCCGGCCUCAUGCUUACCUUUGGCCAAAUCCUCGUCGUCGCACCCUCAAAAUGGGUCUACCUCACCUGCAUCUUCCUGUUCGAGAUUGGCUCACUCAUCUGCGGUGUCGCUCCCAGCAUGAAUGUCCUCAUCUUUGGUCGCGCAUUCCAGGGCGUCGGUGCCUCGGGCAUGUUCAUCUCCAUCCUCACCAUUCUCGCACAAAUCACAAAGCUUGAGACUAGACCCAUCCUCUUUGGCAGCUUUGGCGGUGUCUUUGCGCUCGCAUCCGUUGUCGGUCCACUACUUGGUGGUGCUUUCACCGACAAGGUCAGCUGGAGAUGGUGCUUCUACAUCAACCUCCCCUUUGGCGCCAUCUCCGUCGCGGCCGUCAUCUUCUUCCAGCCCUCCAACCCACCGCCAUCGAACCCACUCUACGAUGGAAAGACGACACUCCAAAAGUGGCUCUCACUCGACUGGGUUGGUGCCGUCAUCAGCGUCGCCAUGAUCACCGCUCUCCUCUUGCCCCUCCAAUGGGGAGGCGUGACCAAGGCCUGGAACGAUAGGAGCGUCAUUGCUCUCUUUGUCGUCUUUGGUGUCCUUCUCAUCGCGUUCAUCGCAUGGCAAUUCUACAUGGGCGAGCGUGCCAUGAUGCCCCUCCAGCUCUUCAAACGCCGCACUCAAGUCGGAGCCGGUAUCGCCAUGUUCUUCAUGAUGAUCAGCUUCCUCGCUGCGACAUACUACCUCCCCUUUUUCUACCAAGCAAAGGGUCGCACGGCAUCGCAGUCUGGUAUCGACAUUAUUCCCUUUAUGCUCAGCGCCGUCAUCGCUUCAUUCGGUAGUGGUGCCUUUGUCAAUGUGACAGGACACUACCUCUCGCCACUCAUCGCAGGACCUCUCUUCGCCGCCGUCGGUGCAGGUCUCCUCUUUACCAUUGACGAACACACCCGCAACCCAGUCCUCAUCGGCUACCAAAUCCUCUUUGGUUUCGGUCUCGGCUUGUCGUUCCAGUUACCCGUCAUGGCGAUUCAAGCAGAAUACGCAGAUACACCAAACCUCAUCCCACAAGCUUCUUCCCUCCUCACUUUCCUCCAACUUCUCGGAGGUGUCGUCGGUAUCGCGAUUGCCGGUACGAUUUUCAAUAACCAGCUCGUCAAGGAGCUCGCAAGGUUUGGUGGUACACUCGAACCGGAUGUUCUCCAGGCCGUCAAGCAAUCUGUCACCGUCAUCUUUACGCUCCCGGCUGAUAUCCAAACCGUCGUCGUCCAUUCGUACGUCAAGGCGCUCGACUAUACGUUUAUCCUCUCCGUCCCGACCUGCGCGUUGGCGAGCUUUGCUGCCGUCUUGGUCAAGAAUUGGAACAUUAAGCAGCGUGGAGCAGCUGGUGGUGCUGUUGCCGUAUAA